UUGUCCCAAAUAAUUGGUUAGACUUAAAACAGGGUUUUAGAAGAACAAACAGGAAACAUAGUCGAAGCAGAAGCAGAAGAGAAUGGCGAGUGGAAUAGCAGGGGGAGGAGCGGGCGGGGGAGUGGAGUGGCACCAGAGGCCUCCAAAUGCUAGGAACCCGAUCGUCUUCUUCGACGUAACCAUCGGAAGCAUACCCGCCGGCCGUAUCAAGAUGGAGCUCUUCGCCGACAUCGUUCCUAAAACGGCCGAGAACUUCCGGCAGUUCUGUACCGGAGAGUAUAGGAAAUCUGGACUACCUGUUGGAUACAAAGGAUGCCAAUUUCAUAGGAUAAUCAAGGAUUUUAUGAUACAAGCUGGUGAUUUCUUAAAGGGGGAUGGCAGUGGAUGUGUAUCCAUAUAUGGAAGUAAAUUUGAAGAUGAAAAUUUUAUUGCUAAACAUACUGGACCUGGUCUUUUGUCAAUGGCCAAUAGUGGACCAAAUUCUAAUGGGUGCCAGUUUUUUUUGACUUGUGCUAAAUGUGAUUGGCUUGACAAUAAGCAUGUGGUAUUUGGGAGAGUUCUUGGUGAUGGUCUUUUGGUGGUGAGGAAAAUUGAGAAUGUGGCGACAGGACCAAAUAACCGCCCUAAACUGCCAUGCAUUAUCGCUGAAUGUGGGGAGAUGUGAUGUGAUCUAUUACAUUAGUUAUUAUACCAAAAAAGUGAAAUGACUAAAAUAACCCUGAUCUAAUGUAGAGCACUACUAGCUAAGCCAAAGAAAGGGUGUUUACAAUUGGAUAUUUGAAAUUUUAGAUGAUGUAUGGAUGGGAUUUUCGGAUUCAGAUAUUUUUGAACACCCUUUUGAACUUUUUAUAAUAUUAUGUUGACAAAAUUGCAAAAA